AUGACGGAGCAGCUGGCAUUUACUCUGCUGGACGAAAAGACCCUGAGGAGACUUGAGCACGUGGUACGCUUGUACAAUGCCGGCAAGCCGCUUUUCCCCCGGGCACUGCUGGAAGAUCUCGACCGGCAGAUCGAAGAGGGCAGGGAGGAGAUCCGCAUCAAGGAUUUCGAUGAUGUGGUAAGCACAUAUAGUCGAAGUGUCCCCGCUGUCUGCUUGGACUUGGCUACAACAUACUGCAUCGGAUACAGCAGCAUUCAGCUUCUGACCUACGUUCACCCUUCAUGUGCCAUGAUGAUGUUUGCGGACAAACCUCCAGUGUCCAUCCUAUACACCCGACAUCCCGAAUUCUCGGAAGGCACCAUCGAGGGGCUGGACUCAACUUUUGCCAGUGUGCGCGAACAUUGGCGAGAAAGUGAGACGUGUCACGAAUUGGAAUCCCAUCUGACGGCCUCGCAAUUCUCACUUCCCAUACGCAAGAUUGUGGCUUUCGGCCUCGGGACUCUGGAUCAGAGCCACAAUGGGAGGAUAUCCACGCGUUCAUACGUCCAGCAUGCUGCCGUGGAGACAAUGGCGACCGUGCUGGCUCGCAGUGGGGUCAGUGGAGGGCAGACAGUCGACUGUUAUGUUCAGGACCCUUGGUACAAUGAGAAUGAUGUCAGAUUCCUCCAGAGCAUAGGACUCCAGCCACUAAACGACCCGAAAGGGUUCCUCGAGAUCGAUGAACAUACCUUGGUGUUCUCGGUCUGUCCGAAUGUGCCCGUGAAGCAGAUAGUCGCGGACCUCCAGUGGCCUGGUGCCAUGGUCUGGAAUAGCGUUUGUGGAGAAGAAGAGAAGAAGCAGUGGAAGAGACGAUUGCGAAAUGGCGAGGAGUUCUGGAUGGGCCCGCUCGCCACGGAUCCUGACUCGGACCGCGUAUGUGAGAUGGUUACUCACUAUCAAAAAGUCGCAUUGCAUGAUCCAGAGGACUAUUUUGGUGACCUCUCCCUUUACACCAGGGUUUGA